AUGGAGGCAAAGGCGCUCCCCCUCUCGCACUUCCGCGCGCGGGCGGGCUCGCCGCUCCUCCUCUCCGCAGACGCCAGCUCCGCCGCGCGCAAGGGCUCCGGCGCGCCAGGGAUGAAUGGAGUUCCAAAGCUUAAUCCCAAAUUCUCCACCAGAAGAGCAGGGACAAGUAAGGUUCCAAUUAUUAAUUUCGAGGUUUCUCAUCACAGAGCAGUUGCAGCGGUGAGGUUGCUAAGAGCUGAUAAGGGGAAGGCGUUUGUUGAUCUUUUAAAUGAGAAAGCAAACGAUUCUGGGGAAAAUGAGAUGGGCUAUGUAGAAAGGACGUUAGGAUUCAGCACACGACAUUUGGAUGACAGGGAUAUAAGAUUGGUUACUGUCAUAGUAGCUGGAACUGUACGUUGGAAACGCUACAUUGAUUAUCUUAUCAUGUCACUCUGUAGUGAAGAGAAGGUGUUCAGCAACAUGGAACCGCUGCUGCUGCAGAUAUUGCGAAUUGGCUUCUUUGAAAUUCUCAAACUUAAUGUACCAGCUUAUGCUGUCGUUGAUGAGAAUGUAAGGCUCGCGAAAGUAGCUUUAAGGCCCGGUGCUGGGAACAUGGUGAAUGCGAUUCUGCGUAAACUUCUGUUACUGAAGGAGACAGAUUCUCUUCCUCUUCCAAAGAUAGAAGGUGAUGAUCGUGCCCAAGCUCGUGCUCUUUCCAUAAUUUAUUCUCAUCCUGUUUGGAUGGUGAGAAGGUGGAUUCGAUUUCUUGGAAAAGAAGAAGCUCUAAAAUUGAUGAAUUGGAAUAACAGUGACCCUUAUUUCAGUUUAAGGGUGAACACAACAAAUGGUUAUACAAGGGAUGAUCUUGUUAACCGAUUGGAAGAUUUGCAGGUUCACUAUGAAAAGUCAAUUAUGGACGAAUUUGUCCGCAUUCGUGAGGGCAUGCAGGAAUGCCCAUUUCUUAUAAUGCCUCUCGAGAUACUGGCUGGUUUUGUUGUGUCUGUGGUUGAUCCACAACCUGGGGAAACAAUCAUGGAUUGUUGUGCUGCACCUGGCGGGAAGACUUUAUUCAUGGCAUCCCGGCUGGCAGGACAAGGGAAGGUAUCAGCUCUUGACAUAAAUAAAGGCCGCUUGCGAAUUCUCAUGGAGGCAGCAAAGUGCCACAAUCUUGAUGAUAUAAUCACUGAUAUCCAUGGUGAUCUUCGACUAUAUGCUAAGGAAAGCACUGCCAAAUAUGACAAGGUAUUGUUGGAUGCUCCAUGCUCUGGGCUGGGAGUCCUUUCCAAGAGGGCAGACUUGCGUUGGAAUCGACAAUUUGAAGAUCUGGAGGAGUUGGUGUUUUUGCAAGAUGAGCUCCUUGAUUCGGCCUCAUCAUUGGUAAAACCUGGUGGUAUACUAAUAUACAGUACAUGUUCCAUUGACCAUGAAGAAAAUGAGAACCGGGUUACUGCUUUUGUUCAGAGGCAUCCGGAGUUUACCCCACAGGGUGUACAAGGAUUUGUUCCUGCAGAAUUCAUCACAGAUGAUGGUUUCUAUUCCUCAAGUCCAACUAAGCACUCUCUGGAUGGGGCAUUUGCUGCUCGUCUUGUCCGUUUCUUAGAAGAAGGUAGUCUUCUGCGCUCUGUGGUCCAUCUUGCUUCUUGGACUGCAUGCAUACCAAGUGAUAGUCUCAAGGUAGAUGAUCAUACAUAA